AUGCCUGCCCAGCAUAGCGCUCUUUUCAAAAUAGGAAAGUGGACUUCUGUUUUUAUUGUACCUGCAAUUUGUUGGAGUUGGAUAGCUCUUGACUACUACGAUAAUUAUUUGUACAAAACUGGUCAACGAAAAUCUUUAAUUGACCACAUAGCUAAGGAGCAAUCGAAAGCAUACAACGAAUUUCAAUCGCUUACUUCAGGAAAUAGUCCAUACGCUCCAAAAUUCGACGGGCGCAAUCCUUAUCGUUGA